AUGGAGUCUCCGGCGUAUCCUGAGUCUCCCUUGGAGCAGGAUGAUAUUCCAUUCCCUUGUAAGGGUUGUGGCGAGAUUCUAGAAGAGGGCAAGGCUUUCGAGCUUGCUGGCAAUCGAUGGCAUAUUGAAUGCUUUUGCUGCAGCACCUGCGGUACCCUUCUCGAUUCCGACGCGCACCUGCUACUUCUUGGAGAUGGAUCGUUGAUCUGCAGCAAUUGCACCUACAGCUGCAGUUCAUGUGGAAACAAAAUUGAGGACCUCGCGAUCUUGACGGGCGAACAGGCAUUCUGCGCACAGUGCUUCCGAUGCCGGAAGUGCAAAAAGAAAAUCGAGAAUCUGCGCUAUGCUCGCACGUCGCAGGGUAUCUUCUGUAUGGACUGCCAUGAAUUACUCAUGCAAAGCCGGCGGAAGAGGAGUCGGAAUGCUCCUCCGUCUCGAAAACAGGCGCCUCCAGGCAUAAAGCUCGACAAGUCACUUCCCUCUUUGCCCUCAGAGGAACCCGAACCGAGAUCUCGUGGCUCGGACGACCCUGUUGCCGAUUCCUAUGUAGACGCGAUUCCCGAAGCAGCUGUGCGAGGAGCCGCACCUGCGCUGGACGCAGGAAGGGGCCGAAGUGCUUCUGCUACUCGUGCACCCCCCGAUAAUCAAGACAACCUCAUCCUUCCUUCGAGCACUUACCGGAGCAAUCGGCACUCAGUGGUUCCUACCGAGGCAGAUGGCGGGGAAUUCCUGAUUCCAGUCGCAUUCGACCCCAAUGAAGAGCAACGAUCCCCUCGUGGACAGCUUCCUUCCACGUCAUACCAGAAAUCGCCUCACGAGUCGGCGGCUUCGUCUCCCCACAUUGCGUACCAAGAAAAGGGCCGCGGCGACCUUGAUGCGGCACGUUGGCGCCAGGAUGACCUCGCCAACGGCGCAAGGUCCGCCUCAGCUCGCAGUUCGCGGUCCGACAUGGGACGGAAAGAGACCAGCACAUUCUCCACGCCCAGCCCUGAAAGCACCAGAUCAGCGAGCGCCUCACAGAGAGAUGGGCCUGCCGCAGAGUUCCCGAGAAUGGCGGUCGAUAACACUACUACACUCCCGAUUCGGCCGUCUCAUGAACUCCGUCGACUCCACGAGGCCAGUGGAUCUGUUGACUCGGCACAGUCGUUCCUAUCCUCUUCGAGCAUGCAGCCCCAUCCCAAGCGGGGCGACUCUCUAGAGAGCAAGCUGCACCAGACUUCGAGAAAGGAAGCCGCCAUGUCCCCUCGUCCGGCAUCGAUCACUGCUAGUGACCAGUGGAGCGAGCGAUCUACGGACAGGACCGGAAUUAGCAAGAGCACCCCGAGAACUGGUGAAUCCGCUUGGACUCCGCGCAGCGAUAUGAAUGAGCAGCCAAAGCCCCUCGCGCGUCCGAACUCGAUCAGUACCGUCCAACAGGUGGAUUCCUAUCGCCAGGGCGAUGGUGCGGUUUCUCCGUCGUUGCUGCGGUACAAUGGCGGCGGCGACUUCACCAUGGACGAAGAUAUGGCCCGCAUCCUGGGUUCGGAAGAUGGUCACCCCGGACAGACGAACGAGUCUUUCCUGCGUCGCGUGUCUAACUCAGUGCGCCACGGCCGCAGCUACAGCGACAAAGGAUCGCGCCUAUCCAAGGAUGCCAAAUGGCCCAAAUCGCCCAUCAACGGGUCUGCGGUGCUACCCGACUUGGGAAGCCCUUCGGCCAUCAACCCCGAGACUGCAGGACCGGAGGAGGUGACAUGGUUGCGCAACGAGCUACGCAAAGAAAGGCAGCGUGUGUUCGAUCGGGAGCAGAAGAUUGCCGACAUGGAAGCGAUGCUCAACGCCAGUGCCGAGGUCAAGCAGGUCAAUACCGAGCUGCACGAGAAACGAUCCACCAUGGUCGUCUUGGAUGCCAAGAAGGAGAUUGCCAUGCGGGAACUCUCCGUGUUGACGGACCAUCUUGAGGCCGAAAAGCGCGGUGGAGGUGGCUCCCUAGACCUUGGCAAGCUGUCCAACCAUGUCUUGCGCGAGUUUGUGGAGUCGAUCCAGAAGCUAAAGGAGUCCUUCACACCCCAGAUCGAAGAGUUGGUGCAGAAGCGCAACGACGCCGCCGAGGAACUUGCCAACUUGAACCGCAUGAAGGAUAAGAGCUUCCAAGAGUUCGAGCAGCUGUCCUCCAAGAAUGCCCAGCUCGCCGAAUUGAACAACCAGUUGGUGCACCAGAUUCAGGAGCUUUACAAGGCCAGCCCGAAUGAAGGCCCUCGCGGUGCCAAUGGUCUUGGUAUCUAUUCGCAUGGCAAGGAGAAGUCGCUUUCGUCCAUUGAAGCCUUGAAAGCAGCCAACAGCGAUUUGGUCCCGAUAACAAAUCUCUCUGAAGAGGCUGAACCGGCUACGAUCGUUCCAGGACCUCAGGUGGUCAGCAUCCGCAAGGGACAACCUCGCAAGUUCAACUGGAAGAAGGGAGGCCAGAACGUCGCCAAGGGCGUUACUAAGGGUCUCAAAGGCGCUUUCAUGUCAAGUGAAGCUACGCCCGUUGAGGUUGGCCCCGGUCUUCCACGCUCUCAGACCCAAGACCCCAGUCGCCAGGGCUUUGGAUUCUUCGGCAACCAGCGAAGCAAGACAACGGGAGUGCGGAUGCCGCAAACCGACAGUGUUCCGGCUCUUGCUGAGACACCUACUCCUGGAGCCCUUUUCGGUACCGAUUUGGAAAUGCGUAUGGAGCAUGAGAAGAGCAUUAUACCCGCCAUUGUUACCCGCUGUAUCCAAGAAGUUGAACUACGAGGCAUGGACAUGGAAGGUAUCUACCGGAAGUCGGGUGCUAGUUCCGCCAUUCAAACAAUUCGCGAAGGCUUUGAACGAUCUCCGCAGGACUACGAUAUCUCUGACCCCGAUCUGGAUAUCCACGCAGUGACCUCGGCGCUCAAGCAGUACUUCCGCAAGCUUCCCACUCCGCUUAUCACGUUCGAGGUCUACGAGAUGGUCAUCGACUCGGGAGAAAUCACCUCACAGGCUGCCCGGAUUGAGAACCUACAAAAGAGUCUCCGGGAGCUGCCACGCGUGCACCAAGAUGUGCUCGAGUUCCUGGUGUUCCACCUGAGGCGCGUGGUCGAGCGCGAGAAGGAGAAUCUGAUGACCAGCCAGAACAUUGCCGUGGUGUUUGCGCCCACCAUCAUGCGGCCGCAGAGUCUUGCACGGGAAAUGACCGACGUACAGAAGAAGAACGAGGUAUUGAAGUUUUUGGUGGAGAACUGUCAGGAGAUCUUCAUGGGUAUGCAGGGUUAG